GUCAUUGUGUCGAAAAUAUCCGAGUAACAAACAUGGCGUCGAAAUGACCAAUGGAAGAUCGAGACGUGGAAUUAGAACUGAAAUAAAACAACGCGCUUCUACCGUAAAUACCUACAGACAAGCGCGUUAAGUCGACAAGGGAUCAAGAGGAGAAACUAUUGACAAAUUUCACUGUAUUUGAUAGGAAUUUCUAAGGAUUUAAGUUGAAUUUCGAAUUUAUUUGGAAGAUGAUUACGUGUGACAGUAGAAGUAUGGUUUUGAAGAUUGUUGUGUUUAUGGUCAUCGUUGCUGUAGCUGUUGUAAAAGGUUGGGGGAGCAGCGAGAAAAUCAAACUGAAGGAUGUACAAGUGCUGACUUUGAAAGCAAACCAAAUGACAAAUGGUAGGCGCUCUGCCCCGGUUCCUCAGCUCAAGUGUGUUGGGGGAAGUGCUGGGUGUUCUGCGUUCCGCCCGCAGGUCGUACAGUGCUACAACAGAGGUUCUGAUGGCUAUGAUGUUCAGUGGGAGUGCAAGGCGGACAUGGAAAGUCAGUACAGGUUUGGAGAAAUUGCUGUUUCUUGUGAAGGCUAUAGCCACCCGGAUGACCCAUACAUCCUCAAAGGCUCUUGUGGGCUGGAGUACUCUAUUGACUAUGUUGGUGAUCAAUCAGCCCACCAUGAUUCUGGAUACUACUCCAGUCACCAGAAUGAUUAUCACCAUGGCCACAAGAGACACCACAGGAGGUCAUCUGGUUGGCUGAGUUCCCUUAUCAUGUGGGGGAUCAUUGCCGCCAUUGCCUACUACAUCUACACUAGCUGCAGCGGCCAUGGUGCAAGUGAUAGCACAGAGUAUGCAUCACAACAGACAACAACACCACCACCUCCGGGAUUCAGACCUGAAUAUACUCAAGGUGCCUAUCCAAGUGCCUCUGCCACACCAGGAAGCACACCAGCUGAUGAUCAGGGUCUAGGAGGAUUCUGGACAGGCAUGGGUGCAGGUGGCUUGCUUGGAUAUCUCUUUGGUAACAGGGGUGGAAAUGGUGGCUAUGGCUAUGGUCCUGGAUAUUACCACCAUGCUCAUCAUGGUUAUAACUCCGGCUAUGGCACAGGCUAUGGUGGUACAGGCUAUGGUGGAGGAAGCUGGUUUGGUUCAGGUGGAAACUCUGGCUGGUUUGGUUCGGGUAGAAAUACUGGCUGGUUUAGUGGCAAUAAUGGAUCAUCUUCCUGGUCUAGCACUCAUCGCCGUUCAAGUCCAACUUCCAGCUCAUCUUCAUCAAGGACAACCUCAGGAUUUGGGGGCACAAAGAGGAGGUGAACAAUAGCUUGUGAGCACUCAUUAUUAAUCUAACCUUAAUACACUGUAAAUAAAGCAUUUUUUAAAUAAGCUGAUAGAAAAUCCUAAAUUAAGAUUUGUUGUUAGGAUUGUUAGGACAAAAAUAUCGAAGAGUAAUAGAUUGAAAUAGUUGUAUAAUUCCAUAAGUGGCAAAGCUGUAAAUAAAUGGUUGUAGUCAAUACCCCAGAUAUUUACAAAUACUGUAAUUCUGAAAGAAAGCCUAGACUUGAGGAAGACAGGCACGCCAGAGGUACACAAGUUAUUCAUAACUUUUAUUCUCAGAUUUCUAAAGCAGUAAAUGCACGCUACUCAUUUUAGGGGAACUAUCUAUCCAUAAAAGCGGUCCUUGCUACAUGCCUGCUCAUAGUUUUUUUGGAGGGGGAGGGGGUGGCUUCUCAAGGUUUCUCUUAUUUAAGCAGCCCUUCCAGUCAAGUAGGAUUGUUUUUCUUACCUCCCCCUGAUGUACAUCUGCACCUCCUUCCCUCCCCAGCUAAAUAUGUAGCAUAGGUGAAGGUGUAUUAUACUGACUAUGCCUUUGAACAUGUACUGUCAAUGUUUUUCUCCACAAGGCAAAACUGAAAAAGUUGUCUUGCACUUGAACUCCAUCUAUUGUAAAUAUGCAGUCUUGUAUUUAAAUAAUUAAAAAUUCAAAUAAAA